AUGAAAAGAAAUAUAAGUAUUAGCGUAGAACAAAAAACCUACGACAAAAUAAACAAAAUAGUUCCAAAAGGCCAGUUAGCGCCGUUGGUUGAUGAAUUGCUUCGAGACUACGCUGUUAACCAAGAGAAAGGGUUAUUGAAAUGGCAUUACAAGGAUUUUGCUAAGAAUAACAAAGUGAAAAAAGAGUUAGAAACUUGGGAUGAAGCGGUAGGUGAUGGAAUAUAUAAAACAAAAAAAAAUAUCAAUGCUGGUUUCCAGUGUGAUUGCCAUGGUCGGAGGAGAGUAGAUAAGAUUAGUCAGCGAGAAUUCUUAAAAACAGGGUCUGUUAAAGAAAUAAAUUGCAGCAUUAAUUUUUUAAAAUGGGCUAUUGAUAAUAGAAAAAAGAAUCAUCAAGUCAAGAAAAAGAGUGAAAAUUCAUCAAAGAGUCAACUUAAAUGUAAAAAAGUGAUUUGUCCUCGUGGUUUUCCGCACCAGGGAGAAAUUUAUAAAGUUUAUUUCUCUAAAAAAGGCAAAGAGAUUGGAAAAAUCCGUCCAGCAUUGGUAAUAAGCAAUAAUGUCCAAAAUGAAUUUGACGACCAAAUAAUUGUGGCUCCUUUAACUUCCGAAGAGGAGGAAGUGUCUAAAGAGCGGCCUUUUACAGUUUUAAUUAAAAGUAAAGAUAAUAGUCUAGAAAAGACUAGUAAAAUUUUGCUAAAUAGGGUUCAGACUGUUGAUAUUGAAAAGCGUUUGAGAGAUUAUAUUGGCCGAACUGCCCCCGAAAUACAAAAAUUAAUUGAAUAUUUUGGAACCCAGAGAAUAGAAAAUACUCCUCUCCCUUCGAUAAUAACCGAUAACCUUAAUCCAAAAUUUAAACUUCGGCCUUAUCAGGAAAAAGCCACCAACAUUAUUGAUAAGACCAAAGAUAAUUUUUUGAAUGACUCCUCAAUUAAGUAUCUUUUUAAUCAAUCUAUUUCUUGGGCUGAUAAAAAAGUCACCCUUCAAGAAGUAGACAAUUUUCAAACUACUGAUAACGAUAACAUUAAUGUUUGUUUUGAAACUAUUCAAGGACUCCAUAGUCGAUUAACUACUCCCCGAGAAAACAGUUUAACUUACGAGGACUUUCAAGAUAAAAAAAUCGUUCUCAUUUCGGAUGAGGCCCAUCACAUCAACGUGGAAACUAAAUUAGGAGCACAACUUUCAAAAGAGGAAAGAGAAGGAAUAAAAUUCACUGCUACCAUAGACCGCAACAAUCCUUACAUUUUGAAUAAAUAUGCUCCUAGACUUAUUUUCGACUAUCCUUUAAAACAGUUUCGUAUCGAGGGCUAUUCCAAAGAAGUAAAAGUAUUACAAACUGAUGCCGAACCCUUUGACCGGGCUUUACAAGCCGUAUUGCUUAGCCAAUAUCGCCGCAAAAUAUUUGAAAAAAAUAGAAAAACAGUAAAACCGGUAAUUUUAUUUAAAUCUAAAACUAUUAACGAGAGCAAAGAUUUUCAAGAUAAAUUUAUCAGAGGUAUGGAAACUCUCACCAGUGCUAAACUUAGUGAAAUUGAAGCAAAUAUCAAAGACGAAUUUAUGACAAAGAUAUUUAGAUAUCUUGCUAAUAAUAAUAUUUCCCUGGAUAAUUUCGUUAUUGAACUUAAAGAAGACUUUUCGGCUGAAAAAACUCUCUCGGUAAAUAGUAAAGAAGAAAGUGAAGAAAAACAGUUAGCCGUCAAUACUUUGGAAGACCCUUUUAACGAGUAUCGGGCUAUUUUUGCAGUCGAUAAACUUAAUGAAGGGUGGGAUGUUCUUAAUCUUUUUGAUAUCGUUCGCUUGUAUGACACGAGAGAUGCCAAAAGCAAUAUACCAGGACCAACCACCAUCAAAGAAGCCCAAUUAAUCGGACGGGGAGCGAGGUAUUGUCCCUUCAAAAUUAAUGAAAGUGAUGAUCCUUCUCAGCGGAAAUUUGACCAUGAUAUUCAAAAUGAGAUGCGGAUUUGUGAAGAGUUAUACUAUCACAGCAAUUAUAAUCCCAGAUACAUUCAAGAAUUAAAUUCGGCACUGGUAAAAACCGGAAUUAUUCCUGACAACACAAUUAGAAGAAAACUUAUUAUUAAGAAUGAAUUUAAAAAUACUGAAUUCUUUAAUUCUGGUCUUUUAUUUCUCAAUCGGCAAGAAAAGCAUCCCCGCGAUGACGUUUUUGAACUACCGUCUUCAAUAAGAGAUUUUCCUUAUAAGGCAUCCCUUCGAACCAAUGUUAACCUUUCCCGAGGGCUUUUUGAAAGUCAAUUUAAAGAAAGCAUUGAAACCCAAGAAAAAGAUUUUUGGAUAAAAAAUUUAAGGCCGCAAACUGUAAAAAAAGUUAUUUAUAAAUUCGAUUUUUACUCCUUUUCUAACCUAAAAAAAUGGUUUCCUAACCUUAAUGAAUUGGAUGAGUUUAUUAUAAAAGAUGAAUAUUUAGGAGGAGUUAAAAUAACUGUUUCCGGUCUUGUUUCUCAACUUGAAAAAUUAAGCCCCGACAAUGAGUUUGACAUUUUGGUAAAAGUUGUCGGGCAAAUUGCUUCUAGUUUAACUUCUGGUAAUCCUGAUUUUAAAGGAAGUAAAGAAUUUAAAUACAUUCUAUUAAAGGAAAUAAUUGGCGACAAGGAACUUAAUUUUGCUCCCAAUGAAAAAAAGUAUUUUGUUAAAUACAUAGACAAAGUUUAUAAUAAACUUAAAGAAAAAUAUGAUGAAAUUUAUCUAAUCCGUAAUGAGAGGUUUUUUAGACUUUAUGAAUUUGAUGAUGGAAGACCUUUGGAACCGGAUUACGUGUUGUUCCUACAACAAAAAAAAGAGUCUAUGAGCCUACAUUACCAAAUUUUUAUUGAACCGAAGGGAGGCUAUCUUAAAGACAAAGAUGCUUGGAAGCAAAAUUUUCUCCUUUCUCUUAAAAAAGAGUGUAAAAUAGAACAAUUAUGGGAGGACAAAAAGUAUCGGGUUUGA